AUGGCUGAACCAAUCCAACCUGCAGUUCAAGAUGUUGUUGAAAAUCAAUCACCAAUAUUAGAAAAUGAAAAACAAGCAACUCAUGCAUUAACAAGUGAAGAGGCUGAGAGAUUGAUUUCUUAUUUAGAACAAGAAAUUCCAAAUAAGAGGAUGCAAGAAGAAGAAAAUAGGAGACAUGAAGAAUUUGAUAGGCAAAGGAUUGAGAACGAAGAAGAGUACCAGUUUUGGAUCAGAAAAUAUGAGGCAAGAUGUGCAAGGAAGAGGAGAGAAAUGCAAGAAAGGAUGGAGAGACUUGAACAUCAUUGGAUUAAGACAAGAAGUGCCACAGAAAGUGAAAGUGAUGAGGAAGGUGGAGAAGCAGUAGAAUUUGAUGAGGAUGAUAGCAACAGUGUAUCUACUGAUCCAGAAAAAGAGGCUCGAAAGAAAAGACGACAUGAGAGAGAGAUGCAAAAAAUGUAUCUACUCUAUUUGGCAGAGAAAGCUCAACCCAGGAUAUUUGCUCGUACCAUGUCUGAACCCCUGAACGUGGAUUCAGACGGUGAGGAGAUACCAGGGAUGGAUGUAGAUGGAAAUCCUAUUAAAAUAGAGGUUCAGAAAGAAGAAAAUGAAGGAUCAGAAGAUGAUGAGGAUGGAGGUUAUGGUCAUGCAGCUUCUACCAGCACUGAUAGCGGCGUAGACUUCUCCUAUGAAGAAGAUGGCUUUAACACCGGCGAUGAUGAUGAUCAAAGAGCAUUGGGAAAAUCUUUUGAGGAAUAUUAUGAGUAUUUGCAUUUCUUGAAGUCUUAA